UGGCUGGCGGCAGAGGAAGACUUCAUCUUGAUUUAAGAGAGAGAUAACACCCUCGAUAGAACUGUGACAAAGGGUAGAUAGACAGUGAGAGGAGAUAGUGAGGGAGUGUAGACGCCAGCGAAGGAGAGGACAAGAGAGAAGAGCGAUACACUGUGCCUUUAACGCACCAAGCCCCUCCUCCACUGAGCGGAGCAGAAGAGCAGAGUGGUGCUGGCAGGAGCCUGAGCCCCACAAUAAACUCUGGCAUCAGCUUCUCUUCAUCCGGCAGUCAGCGAGGACACAGUGAGGGCGCAGGGGCAGAGAGAGACGGGGGCCGGAGAAAGAGAAAGAGCAAGAGCAAGUAUGACAGAGAGGGGGGAGAGGCACGGAAACAGGCAGAUAGGCAGAGAGGAGAGGCUGUCAUAGGAAUCACACAGCUCUGCACACAGCUUACAGCUCAGCCGCUCUGUCUACUGCCUCCUGAUGCAGGCAAACGCUGACGGGGAUGACGGGUGGCUUGUUUUCAGUGGCACAGUUAUCUGAGUGAUGGUAGCAACCGCGGCGUCAGGAUCCGAAGCAGGAGCACUCCUUGCCGCUCUGGCUCUUAGUCAUCUCCAGCCUCCUCUCUCCUCUUCUCAGAGUGCUAUCAGGGCCAUUCAUCGUUCCCAUCUCAUGCCUCCUGCCUCCUCCUCCUCCUCCUCCUCCUCCUCCUCCACAGCUUCAUCCUCCCCUUCUACUCCUCCUCUGAUGAGCCUCAGCCUCAGAGUGAAAUAACCCUGCUGAUAGAAGCUUCUCUCUCUGUCAAGACAGUGCCAUGUGUGAUUGGCCAGCACACCCUGUGGCAGUGGCAUUGCCCCGGAUUUGGCGAGAAGCUCUCCCCCCCGCUUGUUCUCUGGGGCUCCUCUGGGAAGCUUUCAUGGGAUUUAUCUCGUCCUGCUGGAUGGCACAGAGCUUUCUGCUUCUCUGAAAAGAGUCCACAGAGAAAACACACACUACACGGAUAAGAAGUAAAAUAAUUAUCCAAUCACAGCACAAGGAGGCAGACCGGGUUCCCUUAGCAACAACUGAAGGAGAGAAGAGAAUCCUUUUCUCUUUCUGCUCCCUUGGUUUUUGGGCACACCCCUGUGGACUGCUGUGGGUCAGUGUUUGUGAGAGGACUUGGAGAGAGGAGCAUCGUUGCAUAAGACAAGCUGCCACCCAAAUUCCAGGGGAAGGUGCUCUCAUUCGCCUUCCAGCUCUUUGUAACUGUGUUUCAUCGACAACCAUGAUUUUUUGUUAUCCCUCCACAAAUUCUCAUCACAAGUCACGUUCCACUGGCUUAGAAAUCAAUUCAUUCUGAUCCCACGCCACCUGGAAUAAGCCCUGCUUUGGGGGAGAGAUAGGACGUUCUGUGAAAAGACCCACACCUACCUUCCUCCCUUUCACGGACAAGAAGCGAAGGACAACAUGAUUAAGUCAUCAUCUGCAAAGAAGAUGGAUGUGAAGCGAAGUUUAUUUUGAUGUGAGUUUCUUGUUGAGUCCUUUUUUUUUAUUUUUCCUGUCCUCCUGAGGUGGAAACGCCACACUGCACAGAGGAAUAUCCCCUUUUUUCCAAACAGGAUCUGUUCUUUCUCUCAUAAAAGACAGUAGCCUUCCCUGAGGGACUAUAUUUUAGAAGGCGAAUCUUGUCACUGCUGGCAACCAAUAACGUAGUGGACGAGAAUUUUCAAAUUUGAGCCACUGCUGGGAGUUCUAUUUUUCUAUCUAUGUUGGAUAGUUUACUCUAUAGAGGGGUCAAUAUGAACCCCUUUUCUGCUUUCACUUUUCUAUGUUAGCCUGCUAUUAUGUUACUGUGUUUCACAAGUAAAAAAGAUUGCGCAGGACAAGUGGAAGAGGGGAAAAGUCUCUUCCCUGUAUAGACAGGCGUUUUAAAUAGCAUCUCCUCGGGAACAAUUUCAAACGUACACACUGACACAUGAGAUGAGUUGGCUCAACAUGAUUAUGUAAGAGUUUCAUACCAGCUUUAGCCCAUGUAUUUUGCCUCUUUCUUUUCCAUGGAUUUACUGCGUUUGACUUUUCCCAUGCUCAUUUUCUCUUCGUUUUUGGACGCAUCUACCAGAAGGCAUGGAUGUCAGAGUGUGACCCUGUGCCGAGUGUGCGGGCGAGGCAAGGUGUUUUGGCUGCCCAGGUGCUUUUAAGAUGUUGAGGUCUCCCUGCGUGGCCGGGGCCCCUGUUCGGAUCAGUAGCACUGAGGCUCCUUGUAGCCAAAGACAUGGACCCCGACUCGGCUCCCCCACGCCCUCAGCCUGUUGGCCACUGGCCCCACGUCGCCCUGUAAAGGAUGUCCCUCAGCAGAGCUCCGGCCCGGGACACCUCUGAGACCCCCAGCCCGAGAGAACGCAUCCGCAGCCACAUGAAGAUGGUGAUUGACCAGCUGGACGGCAUUCUCAAAGAGCUCAAGGAUGUGGCCAAGGAACUCCGGGAGGUGGUGGGUCAGAUCGAUAAAUUAACGUCAGACUUUGACUUUGACCUGGAGCCAGAUGACUGGACGGUGGCCACAGCCAGCAGCACGUCCAGCAGUGAGCGGGGUUUGGGAGAAGCCUUCAGGCUGGACUUCCUCAAUGCAGAUGUGCUUUCUGAUAGCUGGGAGUUCUGCAGCUACCUGGAGGCCGCUGGCGCCUCUGCCCGCAGACCUGGUGAGCAACCAGGAGAUCUACAUCCGGAGCUGGGCCGUGGGACUAUCCCCACCCAGACGCAGACCCCCACCCCGCCCCCCACCACUGCCUCUGUCUACUCCCAGAUGAAUGGCGGGCUGCCCAUCCCAAACGGGCCCCGCAUUAUUACUCCAGAUUCAUCCAGCGAGGAGGCCAGCAGCUCCACGCACAGCCACAAGACUUCUCGUACCUCCGGCACAAGAGAGAGGGUCCGCUUCAGUGACAAAAUUCUGUACCACGCGUUGUGCUGUGACGAUGAUGAGGAGGAGGAGGAGCAAGAGGAGUUACAGGAGGACAAGAGUGGCUGUGCUACACCAGACAGCGAUAGUGAGCCUAGUCUCCUGGCCAGCUCGGUCACCCCCAAACGUUCUUCCUCUGAGCACUCACUCCUCCAUAACUGUCUGGACCCUUCCUAUGUCUCCUCGCCAGUGAAAGGGAUGACAGGAGCUCACACACUACCCAGGAAAGGUCUCUUAAACCCCGGCUGCCGCAAAAAACUGUUACGAAAUAGCAGCACACAAACUGUCUCUGACAAGAGCACCCAAACUGUACUGCCCUAUAUUCCAACCAAACAGAAAACAAAGGACCACUGAGAAAGCCCUA